UCCAAAUACGAAAGGAAAGGAUCAAAGGAAAUUAGCGGGAUUUUCCCAGCACCCAAACAGCACGUCAAGGCAUUUUGGUCAUUUGAAAACAAUCCCUUCGCACAAUCAUUUCAGUGGUCCAAGCCUUUUAUAAUAACUUUCCUACUCGGUUUCCCAUUUUCUGGUCCAGCACGGACAAGGAAAAGGGAGAAAGUGAGAGAAACCCCAAUACAGAGGCUCCUCCUUUUUUGAUUUGUUCAUCUAAUAAAUUUUCCUCCGAUCCAAUCACUCCGCCGUCAAACUUCGGCCGUAUCGGGCUAAUUCUAGUUUUCGAAUAAGGCGAAUUGUUGCGAAUUAGGGCUGAGCUUCGAGAAUGUUCUUCUCCGGAGAUUCGUCGACUAGGAAGCGAGUCGAUUUAGGCGGUCGAAGUUCGAAGGAAAGGGAUAGGCAAAAGCUUCUGGAGCAGACGCGGUUGGAGCGGAACCGGCGAUGGUGGUUGCGUCAGCAAAACUCCGCCGCACUCAGGAUUCAGAAAUGCUUCAGAGGUAGAAAGGCUGUGGAAGCUGAACACGCAAAGGUGCGGGAACAGUUCUUUACAACUUAUGGAAGGCACUGUCAAAAUGUAGACAGGCAUUCUUUUGGUCCAGACUCAGAGUUCCUCCGCCAGUUACUCUUUUUCUUUGAUGCACGAAAUGUUGGUGAUUUUUCAGCUCUCGUGGAGACAUGUCGACUACUUCAGAAUUUUGUUCGAGAUAGCGGGGAUGCUGUGAACCUGUUUGCAGGCAUGGAUUAUUCAUCCAAGAAUGCUCUGGUUGAUUACAGGGUGAAGCAACUUGCAUAUGCUUGUAUCCAGGCUGUUCAUCAGAAUAGGAAUCAAUUCAAGGGGCAACUUUUGAUGACAUCUGAUGAGCCCAGUUCACCUACAAUUCUAUUGCUAGAGGCAGUAGUUAUGUUAUUAGAUUCAAAACUUCCAUGGGUUUGUAAGAUAGUUGGCCAUCUCUUGCAGAGAAAUACAUACUCCCUCUUGAGAGAGAUUGUACUUACUGCAAAGGAAAGUGUGGAAACUUAUUCCACUGGGAGAGUACCUUCACUGGAAUGUCUGCUUACCAUUCUUAUUUCUCACGUUGGUCAGAACCACUGUAUCUGUCCAAUUAUAGAUCCACGGUGGAGUUUCUCAUCUCAGAUUCUAACAAUUCCUUUCUUGUGGGCGCUUUUCCCAUACUUAAAAGAGGUUUUUAUGAGACGGGGCUUGAGCGAACAUUACAUCCAUCAGAUGGCAUUGUGUGUGCAAAAUCAUACUAAUGUUCUACCUGAUGAUAUCUCAGCCGAUUUUCCAGGUUAUGCAUGUCUUCUUGGAAAUAUAUUGGAAACUGCUUCAGUGUUCUUUUCUCAGCCUGACUGCUCAUUGGACAUGGCUAUAGACAUUGCAGCUGUCAUGACAUUUUUGUUACAGGCACUUCCUCCAAUGAAAUCAUCAAAUAGAGAAAGUAAAGAAAAUUCCUCAGGAGGUGAGGAUGAAAUGGCUGUGGGUGAUGAAAUAAUGGAAAAAGUUGUGAGCAGGGAUUUGGAACAACAAAUAUCCAAUGCAAUAGAUCCGCGUUUUCUUCUGCAACUGACAAAUGCUCUAUUUGGAGGGAUUUCACUCAUCAAUCAUUUGUGUGAAGAAGGGCCAGAUGAUAGAGAGGUGGCAGCUAUUGGUGCUGCUUGUGCUUUUCUGCAUGUUACUUUCAACAUUUUACCUCUUGAGCGUAUUAUGACCGUACUAGCUUACAGAACUGAACUUGUUCCACUGCUUUGGAAAUUUAUAAAGCGAUGCCAUGAGAACCAAAAAUGGUCAUCUUUGUCGGAGCAGUUAGCUUAUCUGUCAGGAGAUAUGCCUGGAUGGCAAUUACCUCUAGCUGUUUUCUGCCCUGUGUAUAAGCACAUGCUUACAAUAGUUGACAAUGAAGAAUUCUAUGAGCAGGAGAAACCACUAUCACUGUCGGAUAUCAGAUGCUUAAUUGUUAUUUUGAGACAGGCCUUAUGGCAGCUCCUAUGGGUGAAUCCUGCCAUGCCCCCUAACCUAAUGAAACCUGCCCCUGAGGUCACCUCUCAUAGGGGGCACCCCAUAGAAUUCACUCAACAGAGGGUUAGCAUUGUAACUGCUGAGCUACUCUCUCAGUUGCAAGAUUGGAACAAUAGGAGGCAAUUUGCACCUCCCAGUUACUUUCAUGCUGAUGCUGUCAAUGAGUAUUUUAUUUCUCAGGCUGUGAUAGAAAACACCAGAGCAUAUACUAUAUUGAAACAAGCUCCAUUCUUGGUGCCAUUUACAAGCAGAGUUAAAAUAUUUACUUCACAGUUAGCAGCAGCAAGGCAAAGGGAUGGGUCUCAUUCUGUUUUUACUAGAAACCGAUUUAGAAUUCGGCGGGAUCAUAUCCUUGAAGAUGCUUUUAAUCAAUUGAGUGUGUUGUCUGAAGAUGAUCUUCGAGGAUUGAUCCGAAUAUCAUUUGUCAAUGAAUUUGGAGUUGAGGAGGCUGGUAUUGAUGGUGGUGGGAUUUUCAAGGAUUUCAUGGAAAACAUUACACGAGCAGCUUUUGACGUGCAGUAUGGGUUGUUUAAGGAAACAGCUGAUCACCUACUCUACCCAAAUCCUGGGUCAGGAAUGAUACACGAACAGCAUCUCCAGUUUUUCCAUUUUCUUGGAACUGUUCUUGGGAAGGCCAUGUUUGAAGGGAUUCUUGUGGAUAUACCAUUUGCAACAUUCUUUUUGAGCAAAUUAAAACAAAAGCACAACUAUUUGAAUGAUUUGCCUUCAUUGGACCCAGAAUUAUACCGCCACCUUAUUUUCUUAAAGCAUUUUGAAGGUGACUUAUCAGAAUUGGAACUUUAUUUUGUUAUUGUAAAUAAUGAAUACGGGGAACAAACAGAGGAGGAGCUGCUUCCUGGAGGAAAAAAUAUCCGUGUUACUAAUGAGAAUGUCAUCACAUUUAUUCAUCUUAUAGCAAACCAUCGUUUGAAUUUUCAGAUACGUCAGCAAAGUACUCAUUUCUUGAGGGGUUUUCAGCAACUUAUACAAAGAGAUUGGAUUGAAAUGUUUGAUGAGCAUGAACUUCAGCUUCUGAUAUCAGGUUCACUUGAUGGCUUGGAUGUUGAUGACCUACGAUCUAAUACCAAUUAUGCUGGUGGCUAUCAUAGUGAACACUAUGUCAUUGAGACGUUCUGGGAAGUUCUCAAAAGUUUUACCUUGGAAAAUCAGAUGAAGUUUCUAAAGUUUGUGACCGGGUGCUCUCGAGGCCCACUGCUUGGAUUCAAAUACCUUGAGCCUUUAUUUUGCAUACAAAGGGCUGCUGGUAGUGCUUCUGAAGAAGCUCUUGACCGGUUACCAACAUCUGCUACUUGCAUGAAUCUCUUAAAGCUUCCACCAUACAGAAGGUUUGUCUCACUAUCCUCUGCACAGCUGAAACAAGUUCUUAUGCCAAAGCCUAACAUGGAAAAAAAAAUUAUAAAAGAAAAAAGAUCAGUAAUAGAUGAGCUUGCAUAGCACGACCUAUGUUAGGAUAUCUGUGAGUUAAGUCAUGCAGGUGGAAAUUGCUGUUGAUUAACAGGAUACGGGCACACAAUGUGGGCUCUUUAUGGAAUUUUGUUGGUUAACCAUCAAGUUCACUGGAUAAGUGCAAUGAGCUUUAGGAUAUUCAAACGAAUUCAGAUUGUUGCAGCCAUGAUAUGUUUUAUUUUGAAUGGAAAUAUCCCACAAGAAACCACUUAAAGAGAAGGAAAAAGCAGCUCACUUGACAAAAUUAUUUUUGUUAUACUAAGCAUCAUAGAACAUGCCAAAUCAUGUUACUGGGUAAAUUUUACAGGAUGACUCUUCUCUAUUCACCUCUAGAGCUUGGUUUAUUCACCAGUAUUCAAACACAACAUCCCACAUCUAGCCAAAAAACAGACUAGAUGUGGGUACACUUUCCUGAGAAACCUAAGGCAGCUCAAAUCGCCAAGUAGCCAACUUUUAUAGGAACAGAGUUCUAAAAUACUAGUUAGACAAAAUUAAUCGAUUACUUUCUUUUUCUCUCUCGUGUUGAAUUAACACCGCAAUCACUUACCUUGAUAACACUUGUUUCUGAUACAGCAAAGAACAAAUGGCAACAAAAUUGUUGUAUGCGAUAAAUGCGGAUGCGGGUUUUGAUUUGAGCUGAUAGAUGCCAGGCCCAUGCGCCAAAUCCUCCAUGUCAUGCUCCCAUCUUAAUCUGAGAGGAGCGUCCUCGAUAGAUUUCAUCACUCCAGGAGAUGGGUUUCAUCAAAAUUUAUUAUCGUUCAGAAUGAGUAGAGGGAUCAGCUGAUUAGCAGGCGACAACGGAUGAUUGUUGAAGCAUCCACAGAGUGGAGGCUGAAUACAAAAAGCAUGUAAAUAUAAGUGCCGGCCUUUUGAUUGGAUGUACAUGUACAUAUAUGAUAUAUCUAUAUAUAUACACAUGUAGGGUCAUCUACAAAAUAUAGACUUGAACUGCAACUUCUUACAUAAAAUUACCUCCCAGCAGGUUUAGAUUGUCAUUGUGUUUUAAUUUUCUUCCUCAAAACAAUCUUUUGCAUCUUAUAUGAAUAUAGAUCUGUACAUUAUGAA